UUUUUGAGGUGAUUAUUGUUUAUUUUCAGGGGCUAAAAGAAUGUGAUCACUGCACCUUAGCGUUGAGAGUGGCCCAAUAUUGCUGUUAUUCUGCAGCAGCGCGCGACGCGUCACGCAAGGUGCGGCAGUGCCCAGCGCGAGCCGGUUAUGCGUUGGGUUUGGCCCUAAUCUGGAUAACCCCAUCAACAACCUCAAUGAUCUUGUAGAUAUGAAGCAGCGUGAUGACUAAAACGCCCGAUACCCCGGUACCCUGCGCGGGUAUGGGUGAUAUCCACCACAGCCAUCCUGAGGAGCCGGUGGAGCAUCUCUCCAGACUCGCUCGCGUUGCUGUUCCUGAGCUGGUUGUUACCUGCGAGCCGUGUGCCACUGAGUGUGGACCCUGCUCGGGCUCUCCUCACCCCGACGAGGAGUCCAUCUGCUCGGACAGCGGGCUCAGCGGCUCUCCCGCCUUGUCCCUGGCGCUGAGAAAACUGUCCAACUCGUCCUCAACCGGCCUCUCGCCAGCGUCUUCUUUUGAGGAAUGCGAAGAGGAUUUAAUGGGUUACGGCGAAUAUAAUCAGUCUUCAGGUGAACCGCUCACGACUGAUCAGUGGAAGAAGUCGAAGAAUAUGGUGAACUGGUCUCCACUUCCAGUGACGGUGAAAAAGCGCUCACCCUGGGUGCAGGUGGUCGGCCAUGCAGGAAACUUUAAGACGGGGAGUGAUGGAAGGCUGCUGAAGAGGUACUGCGAGUGCGAGCAGCAGUGUUUUCUGCAGCUCAUGAGCGACUCGCUGCGGCCCUUCGUUCCUGGAUACUAUGGUGUGACUCAGCGUGACGAGCAGGAUUACAAUCUCAUGGAUGACCUCCUCGCUGACUUCGACUCUCCCUGCAUCAUGGACUGCAAAAUGGGGAGCCGGACUUACCUUGAGGAAGAGUUGAGGAAGGCCUGCGAGAGUCCUCAGCCACGCAAAGACAUGUAUGAAAAAAUGAUAGCGGUGGACCCAGACGCCCCAACUGAGGAGGAGCAGGCCCAGCAGGCAGUUCUCAAAACCAGAUACAUGCAGUGGAGAGAAACCCUCAGCUCAACAGCCACGCUGGGUUUUCGCAUCGAGGGCAUCAAGAAAUCAUGUGGCACUUGUAACACUAACUUCAAGAGAACAAAGUACAAAGAUGAGGUCAUCCAAGCCCUGGAAGACUUCGUGGACAACAACAUGCUAAUCCUGAGAAGCUACCAACAGCGCCUGAAGGAACUACGAGCUGUGCUGGAAAAAUCUGAUUUCUUCAAAGCACAUGAGGUGGUGGGCAGCUCCUUAUUAUUUGUCCAUGAUCUGACUGGCAAGGCUGGAAUCUGGAUGAUAGACUUUGGAAAGACUGUGCCUAUGCCGCCCCUUCUAACCCUGGACCAUCGCAGCCCGUGGGUGGAGGGCAACAGAGAGGACGGGUACCUCUGGGGCCUGGACAAUUUUAUUGACAUUCUGACCAACAUGCUUCCGGAGAAAUGAAAGGCAAUGUGGAUCUUCAGAAUUGUCA